AUGAACUCCUCGACAAGCAGCCAACUUCUUCGAAUAUGCGGAAUGCCAUUCUCUCAAUCGCUCACUAGAUCGGCUGCCCCUUCAUUAUCCUCGGUCCUUCGGCAUGCACAACCUCUAGCAACAACGACAACAGGCAGUCUUGCUAGACAUGGCCUCGCACCCGCUCAAUCGCGCUCCUCGCUCUUUUCCACUUAUCCAUCAGCCCGAUCUCAGGUGCCAGACACAGACUCAAUCCCUACAACAACCACUCCACCGACAUCUGUCCCCCUUCCGCACGGCGUAAGCCGUAGCUUUGGUACUGUCAUUUCCGCCGGCCGUAUGCAACGCACCGUUCGCGUGGAACAUAUAAACAUCAAGUUCAACAAACAAGUCCAGAAACGCUUUGCUGUAAAGGAGACGUACAAGGUCUCUGAUCCGCGCAACUCACUACGAGUAGGUGAUAAAAUUGAAUUCUGGAGCGGGCGACGUGUGAGUAAACAUGUCCGACACGUGGUGGAAAGGAUUGUGGUGCCGUUUGGAACACCAAUUGAGGAUCGGCCUCCCGUUAUGACCUAUUCGGAAAGAUUGGAAUCGGAGCUAAACGCUAGAAAGGAGAGGAGACUUAGGAGGAUGGGGUUGGAUAAAGAUCAAGCUGCCGAUGUUGAAGUUACGGGAGAGGUAAAGAUUGGGAGGAUCAGGGAACGAGUUAUGAAGAGAUUGGAGCGCGAAGAGGAGAGGCAACUGGGCGCAAAGGAGCUGAACGUGGCCCAAUAG